UGUGAAUUUCGGGGAUAAGAUAUUUUGUUGAUCUUCUCACUGAUACACUGAAACUGAUCAAGAUUGAAGUAUACAUUAGAGAAGAAGCACGCUUCAAUUCUAAAGUGAUUGUAUUGUUAUUUUAGAUAAAAUUAUUUUCAAUAGAUUGUUUGAUUACGUUUUUCAUGUACUUAUUAACAUGAGUUGAAAGUUUGUGAUCAAGUUUCAUGUCCUUUACUUUUCAGUGUAAAAUUAAAUUUAGCCUAUUUCAGUUUAUGCAUGAACAGUCUUCCAGAUUACUUUGAUAUUUCGUUUUGAUAACCCAUAAAUUGAGGUAUGGGUCGUUCGAGAAGUAAAUCACCUAGACGCCGACGAAAGAGUAAACAUUCGCACAAAAGAAUGAAAUCAAGGGAACGAAGUCAUGCAAACAAGCACAGGGAUAGGUCGAGGGAGAGAAGUUCCAAGUCGAGGAAACGAUCUCAUUCAGAUUCCUCAAGCAGUAGUUCAGAUGUAUCAGAUGAAGGGUCGAAAUCUCUUAUAUACAAUAAGAAGAAGCCAUACAAUGAUCGAAAAAUGGAUGAAGUGGAAAGACUAGCUGAAAUGGAAAGACAAAGUCUUUUGUUAUUUCAGGAAGAAGAAAGAAAAAAACGUGAGGCAUUGGAAGAAAUCAUGGCUGAGAAUAACAGAAAGAUAGAAGAAGCACAAAAGAAAUUGGCGGAAGAAAGGCUAGCAAUGGUUGAAGAGCAACGCAAAAUGGAAGAAGAGCGACAAAAACUGAGACGAGAACAAGAUAAAAGGAUGAAGGAAGAACAGAAGAAAAUUUUAGGAAAAAAUAAUUCGAGACCGAAGCUAUCGUUCAGUUUGAAACCUAACGCGUAGUGGUUUGUGUUUGUGAGUGUUUCAGUGAAGCAAGUGAUUAGUGAUCAUUUUAUCUCCGAAUUACAAUGUAGUGGUUGAAGAAGUAGGAUAAACUAAUAGGUAGGUAAAUUGUGUGAUCAUGGAAGAAUGUUCUAGUAGAAUAUUAUGUGCUCGUGUGAAAAGUUGGGAGGCUAUAGGUUUGUUCACACCAAAGCUGUGUGACUCUGCAGAAUCAAAGUCACAGAUGCCUGUGGACAGACUCGACACCAAAAAACAUAAGUGGAUCAAUAGAGAAUUAUUCUCACUUUAAAAUCUCUGCCUGUUCCUAAAUAUUCAUUUUCGAGCAAACAUGAGCCAAAUCAUAUACUUCAAGACGCUGAAGCCGAAUCUGAAAUCAGAAUUCUUGUAUCUUGUGUCUUGAAUUUUCUUGAAAAAAUUGCUGACAGAUGGAUGGAUGUCGGUGUGAACAACCUCAUUAUUUAAUCAGGCGACCGAUCUUUAUCAAAAAUCAAUCCACAGAUUCCGCAGAGGUGCAGAGCUUUGGUGUGAACAAGCCUUAUCCACAACGUGGCGUUUACCAGGCAUUGCGAACCUGACAUGAGUAAUAAAUGAAUAUUCAUUACUCAUACGAUUAUUGUUGGCAUUGAUGAUUCGGACAAUCGUCAACGUUCACCAUGCUGGGUAAACGCCUCAUUUGUUAUGUCUGGCUAAUCAAACAAUUUGUCACUUCUUUCAAAUGAAUAUGUUAGUUCUGUUGAUUUAGUUAUCAAUUUUGCAAAUUGGGUUCUUAUGAUUCCUGGAUAUUUUAUUAGCAUUCAUUUGUGGAAUGAGAAAUUAGAAUUAGAAAUUAGAAUUUAUUUUUAUAGACGACAUACACUCCUUCCUCCAUAGAUUUGGGUCUUCUCCAUUUUCCCAGAAGUCACAAACAUGUAAAUUUGUGUAACACUAUUAUCUAUUUGAACGCCAUUUAUAGAAUUUACAUUCAACUUUCUGUGUUAUAGUGAAAGUAAUGUGGCAGAUAUAUGUAAUUAUUAAAAAUAGGUACUUGAAAUUAUCACAACCGCUUAUUACAAAUUUUUUUCAUGUCCUAUAAUCUUAAAUGUCCAGAUAAUCUGCACAAUGUACGUUUUUCACGCUAGAUUUGAGUAAUACUACCAACAACAUGUGUUUUCGGGAAAACUAUUAUUAAAACUGUCUUCAAUGUCAUCCACCUCGAAAGCCCUUGAUGAUAGAGAUUUGAAUUCAUUUCCGAAUUCUGGACCAGGAUUUUUCAUUUUACGUGCAUUAAAUUAAAUUAAGAAUUCAUAGUUUGAAAUUAGUUGAGUUAGUUUGAAGAAGCCGAAGAUUUCAUAAUUUCUUCUUUAUUAUCACCCACUAACAAGAGAUGAAUGCAAGAAUAAACCAAAUUAUUUGGUAUAGAGAUUUAUCCUCUAUAAGCCCUGAAGUCUGUAGUUUGUCUUCAUCUACUUAGUUUGAUUGAAAAAUGGCUUCAUCUCUGGAGAGAGGAUUAAUUACUUGAAAUCUUCGGCUUCUUUAAACUUAUCUAACUAGUUUCAAAACUAUUUAUUCUUAAUUUAAUUCAAUGCACUUGGAAGGAAUAUCAAUUUCAGUAAUAUUUUUCCCGAAAACACCUGUUGAUGAUAUUAUUACUCAAAUGGUCAUCUAAUGUGGACAAACGUACAUUGUGCAGAUUAACUGGACAAUUAUGAUUAUAGGACAUCAAAAAAAUUUGAUUUGUGAUACAUUAUUUUAGGUCUUAAAACGAACUAUGACGAACGAAACAUUUUUCUCGAAAAACGGAAGCGUAAACUUUUAUUAGAUGAAAUACAAAAUUAUAAGGUGAAAAUUCCCCAAUUUUCUGACUUUGUAUGGGAAUAACUUCCUGAACAAAAGAUAUACGAUGGAAUGAUGUAUGACAUUAAUUGUAGAUCUAUUCACGUUUGAAAGUAUUUAAUCAGUCAUAUCGAUAUCUUUAUUUUUGGAGCCGAGAUUUAUACAUGUUUUACGAAACAAUUGCAGUUUCUAACUUUCUAGCAAGCAGUAUAACGAUGGGGACUCUUCGGUUCCAGUCAAUGUUCUAUGUACUAACACCCUGCUAAAAUUCAGCUUUCCCCAAUUUCUUGCCCAAAACCCUGUCUUUUUUGUCUUCAUUUACUGGGCUAUCAGCUGGAUGAUGAAAUGUAAUUGCUACGAAUAGAAGUGUAUUGAUGCUGAGGAAAGAGUGAAUCGGCGAGUAAUUCCGUUGCUCAGUUUUGAAGCUUUCAGUUAAAUAAAGAUUGAUAGUGUUGAAACAGCAUUUUUUAAAUAAUUGAAUGUUUGAGACAAUUCUAAGUGGUUUAAUUCAAUAAAUAUAUUUAUUCCACGUGGAGCGUGAAAAGGACUAUUGCAAUAAUAAUAUCGAGUGACCUGGCUCACUGGCUGGCUCAGAGUUUCCAGGUCGCACCUGAUCAAUUAAUAGGAUUGUAAAACUGGUUCAUUGGUUCAUGCAAGACAUUUAUUAUCAUUUCGAAUCGUCAGGCUUUGGAUUUACCUGCCUUUAUUAAAAUUUGAAGAGAUAUAUAUUUUAAACAAAUUGGAUAGUUUUCGAAUUGCAAUGAAGACAAUAAAUUGAGAAGGGCUCAAAUCUAUGGUUUUUGGCUUUGAGUAAAAUCUUCAAGGUCUUGGAAUUCGAAAAAUCCUUAUGGUUCCUGAUGAUAUACUCAUUAAUCAGAACAAAUAGGAUAUUUGCACAUUUUGAUAAAUUUUCUUGCUAAAUUAACAGGAUUAGCAUCGGGAAAUAAUUGUGAGCAAAAUUGUUUUUAUGGGGGGUUUUGCGUGACUCUCAGAAUGUAUAAUGUAUUUUAAUAGAUUUUAAUCAUAGUUAAGGUAAAUCAUUCAUUGUAUUAUAAGAUCCUUGUGUACAUAAUUAUUUAACAAGAAGUUUCUUCUAUUA